CCCUGUCUCUCACACGCUUAAUUCCCUUUUCUCUUGAGCUAGAAAAGGUAGUUAAGAAAAAAUAUGGGUUUUGCUACUAAAGCACAUGUACUAGUGCAGCUCAUGCUCCUAGUGAGCUGCUUAACUAGCGUGUUUAGUGAAGAACCUUACCCACCAAUUCCGUCACCUUCUCACCAACAUGGCCACCCUCCAACUCCAAGUGAAGCACCAGCUCAUCCACCUAGUCGUCACCACCACCAUCACCCUCCUACUCACUCACCAGUUCACCCUCCAAGUCACCCCCCAGCUCACCAGCCUCCUCACCACGCUCCUCCUAGCCACCCACCGGUUCACCCUCCUCACCAGCCUCCUCAGCAUGCUCCUCCUAGCCACUCGCCAGUUCACCCCCCGAGUCACCCUCCUCACCAGCCUCCUCAACAUGCUCCUCCAAGCCACCCGCCAAUCCACCCUCCUCAGCAUGCUCCUCCAAGCCACCCACCGGUACACCCUCCAAGUCAUCCUCCUCACCAGCCUCCUCAGCAUGCUCCUCCAAGCCACCCACCGGUUCACCCUCCUCACCAGCCUCCUCAGCAUGCUCCUCCUAGCCACCCACCGGUUCAUCCCCCAGCUCACCCUCCUCAACAUGCUCCUCCUAGCCACCCACCGGUUUAUCCCCCAGCUCACCCUCCUAGCUUUGUAGCAGUGCAAGGUGUUGUUUAUUGCAAGUCCUGCAAGUAUGCUGGGGUUGAUGGCCUCUUGGGAGCCUCACCUAUUGACGGUGCUGUGGUAAAGCUCCAAUGCAAUAACACCAAGUACCCAGUGGUCCAAACAGCUAAAACUGACAAGAACGGCUAUUUCUUCCUCACUGCACCGAAGACAAUCACCUCCAAUGUUGUUAACAAGUGCAAGGUGUUCUUAGUCUCAUCCCCAUUAACCAAAUGCAACAAGCCGUCUAAUCUCAACGAUGGUCUCAAGGGUGCCAUUCUUAGGCCAGAAAUUUCAUAUGUGGCUGACAAACUCCCAUUUAUUCUCUACACCGUUGGACCUUUUGCUUUUGAGCCUAUAUGCUUACGCUAAAUUCUUUUACGGCUUGUAUUGUCUUUGUUCGUGUGUAACACUUUCCAGAGUUCCGUUCCAUUAUUUACAGCAUUGCUGUAUUGUGUUUUGAUUUUGGUUGUGGUGUUGUGUGAUGAAUUACACUAAAUUGUAUUUGUCAAUACAAAUUAUUAAUAAAUAAAUUCAUUUGAGUA